AUGAUGGGCGGGUGUAUGAGUUCCAGCAGCGAGGAGGCAGAGCAAAAGAAAAAGAGCCAGGCCAUCGACAGGGUGAUAGAAGAAGAUUCGAAGAAGCUGCGCAAAGAAUGCAAGAUAUUACUCCUAGGGUCGGGCGAGAGCGGCAAGUCCACCAUAGUCAAACAGAUGAAGAUUAUUCAUCUCAAAGGCUACUCCGAAGACGAAUUGUACAACUAUAGACCGACCGUCUUCAAAAAUCUCGUCGAGUGCGCCAAGGCCGUCAUAAUCGCGAUGCAACAAUUCGACAUUGAGCCACAGAUGAAAGAAAACAAAGACCAUAUCGAGUAUUUGAUGGCAUAUCAAGCCGAGCCUGGUCCUCAAGCUCACAUCGAUCCUCAAGUUGGCGUGGCUGUCCAGUCGCUGUGGGCCGAUCCAGCCAGAACUCGCCUAAUGAAGCACCAAACAGAGUUCUAUUUGAUGGAUUCGGCAGAAUACUUUUUCCAAGAAGUUAUGAGAAUAGUGGCCCCCGACUAUUUACCAAACGAGAUGGAUGUUUUGCGGGCUCGUACCAAGACCACUGGAAUAUACGAAACGCGAUUCCAAAUGGGCCAAUUGAGCAUACACAUGUUUGACGUUGGUGGGCAACGGAGCGAAAGAAAAAAAUGGAUUCAUUGCUUCGAAAACGUAACCUCGAUUAUCUUCUGCGUUGCAUUGUCGGAAUAUGACCAGGUCCUCCUAGAAGAGAGCAGUCAGAAUCGGAUGAUGGAGAGCCUUUUGCUAUUUGACUCUGUGGUAAAUUCACGUUGGUUCAUGAGAACCAGCAUCAUCUUGUUCCUCAACAAGGUUGACAUAUUCAAACAAAAGCUCUCACGGUCGCCUUUGGGGAACUACUUCCCCGAUUAUUCUGGAGGAAACGAUGUCAACAAAGCUGCCAAAUAUCUCCUUUGGCGUUUCAACCAAGUGAACCGCGCUCACUUGAAUUUAUAUCCUCAUUUAACGCAAGCCACUGACACCUCUAACAUCCGACUGGUAUUUGCUGCCGUUAAGGAGACGAUUUUGAACAACGCUCUAAAGGAUUCUGGAAUUCUAUGA